AUGCGAAGUUCGAUCUUUUUCCACGCUUCGUUGAGCUCGUUGAUCAUCACCUCUGCUUCGCUAGUACUUCUAGAGCGCCAUGAAGUUAAAUCUGAGAAUUCGAAAGUCAUCAAGAGAGGACUACCUCCAGAAACACUCGAGCUGAUACACCUGAGUGGAAUCGCACGAGCUGCUGGCAACCGAGAACUAAGGUCUGAACUUGCAAAACAAUGCAGUCAGGCGAUAAAAGAAGAUAGAAAGCAAAGAGCAGCAGUAAUGGCCGAAGCUGCAGAGGUUGGGAAAAGCAUUCGCAAAGCCCACCGAAGCUUCGCCAAUUACAAGUCCAAAAUGAUUGCACUCCGGCGUCCGGACGGAAUAGUAACAGCGUCUAGAAAGGAAUGGAGAAAAUCAUUCACGAUUAAAACUCAGAACUCUUCAAUACCAUACCACUGGUUCUCGGUUCCAAAAACCGGCAUGCUACUUCGUCAGUGA